AUGCUCCUGCCCCUCUUCUAUGCCCUCGGGGGAUUGGCGGCAGGUACCCAGGACUCGAUCCGCCUCUUCGACGACCUCAUGUUCGACUACAACAACCACCUUCGGCCAGCGACUCGACCUCUCAAUCAGACCGUCGUCCAUGUCCGGUUGAGUUUGUCACAGAUCAUCGAAAUGGUAGGUCAAUCACAAUAUCUUUUUAGAUUUUGAGGGUUCGAGGGGUGAGUAAGACCUACACAAAGGGGUGGGUAAGAUAACCAAGUUCGAGAUAAUUGUAUUAGGGUUUCUUCGGAGAGUAUGACAAUAUACUUUUGCUCGGAAAUGCUUUUAAACUUUGAAAUGAUUUGACAAAAUAAGCUUGAAAGCAAGGUUAAGAUGACAAUAUUGUUAUCCAAUUUUACAAUAUAUAAAUGUUAUUCAGGACGAGAUCAACCAGGUAAUGAUGUGUGCUGUCUGGCUACGACAAACCUGGAACGACCGUCGCUUAUCCUGGAAUCCCAAAGAAUACGGUAACAUUGAUCUGCUGCACGUACCGUACGAGUUACUUUGGGUGCCUGACAUCGUAUUAUAUAAGUAAGUAUAACUACUGUCAUUUUUACAGUACAAAUAAGUUAUUUAUUGUAAAUGUAUAUAUUAAAGCUUAAUUUAUUUUGUAAAAUACAGCAGCUUUUACUGUAAAAACGUUUACUGUGUAAAAAGAUGUAUUUUAGUGCAGAAGCCGCGAACAAUAUUACGAUCAGCACGAAAGCCACAGUAUAUUACACUGGAGAUGUGGUGUGGGAGCCUCCAGCACUGUUCCGAACGUCGUGCCAGAUGGAUGUGCAGUGGUUUCCUUUCGACGAACAACGAUGCUUUCUCAAGGUAUGUUACAGUCUAUAUAUGUAUGGUUUACUAUUGUACAUAAUACAAUCUGUGUUAUGUGUUACCAUCUAUAAUAUAAUAUACAUCGUUUUACUAUCGUACAUGAUAGUGCUAAUACUAUGUAGUGUAUUACUUUAAUCAAGAGGCAAUGAACUCACUGUUAGGUACAGUAACUUUGUUUACAGUUUGGAUCGUGGAGUUUCCCUGAACGACUGGUCGAUUUGAGAGUGAUCGACAACUACGGCUUCUCGAAUGAUACUGUAACAUCAGAGGUGGGCAUCGACCUGUCGGAUUACUAUCCCUCAGUAGAAUGGGAUAUCAUGUCCAUCAAGGCUAUACGAAGAUCCAAGGUAUACGGUGGAUGCUGUCCUGGGAACGGUGACUUUGUGGAUCUUACUGUAAGUGGUUACCGUAGUUUUAUUUUUUAAAUUUUAAUAAAGCUUUAAUUUCAAUUUAAAAGACUACAGUAACUUGUUACAGUACGAAGUGUCACUCCGUCGGAAGCCGCUCUUCUACACCGUGAACCUGAUCAUGCCCAACGUGUUCAUGGCGUUCCUCACCCCGUUCGUCUUCUAUCUACCGUGCGAAUCUGGAGAGAAGAUUCAGCUGGUCAUCUCGAUUCUGGUGUCAGUAGCCUUCUACUUCCUCAUCCUGACCGAGAUCAUCCCGGCUUCUGGCACCACGAUCCCUCUCAUCUCCAAGUACCUUCUCUUCACCAUGCUCAUGGUCUCGGCGUCCUCUGGCUUCACCGUGCUCGUUCUGAACACUUAUUACCGUAAGCCUACUACACACGCAAUGUCAUCGGCUACAAAGUAUGUCUUGAUGAAGUGGCUGCCGAAAGUGAUGGGUAUGAACCGAGAUCGGCUACCGACCAAGAAGAGCAACAUGCAGACCGUCAGUAUGCUUCUGAAUCCGGAAGAAGGGACUACGCAACGGAGGAGGAGAGGCACAAUAACCACACUAAGUAAACAGUUGUGUAGAGACCUGGUGAAGGCUCCACACGAUGAUCGACUGACCGAUCUGUACUACUCGAAGCCGAUAGUCAAGUGUCUCGAGAACCUCGGCUUCAUCUCUCAGCUCAUCAGGAAGAAGCGAUGUGACCAUGAGGUAAGUUCUGAAUACUAUAGAAAGACAUUAUUUGUUAAAAGAAGAACAUAUAUUACUACAGUAAUAGUUAAUUUUACCAUCAGUUACAUGUAGGUCAUGGUGAAUAUAAGUUUAGACAGAAGAAGACUGGAAGUAUGCCUCAGCUGUGCUAGACCGCUUCUUCCUCUGGCUUUUUGUACUAUUAUCAGUAGUCGGUACCACUUGGGUAUUCAUCGACACUCCCUUGUUCUAUGACAGUCGGGUACCAAUCUCAUUUCCUCAAAGCGUGGUACCGUUGGAUGAGCUGGUCAGAAUGAGAUUGUCCAAUAACUAG